AAGUAUAAAAAAAAUAAAAAAUAUCUAAAUACUGUUUUGGUAGAUUCUCUAUAAAAAAAUGCAAAUCUAUUCAAAUCAGAGCAUUAAAUAAGUGCCAAAUUUGGUUCAACAUAUUCCAUAAUUCUUUUCUUCAAAUAGGUACUGUCUAUUUGAUAAGAAUUUUAAAAAAUAAUCAGAGAGAAAGAGAGAGUCAUGAUGCACAGUAGUAGCUUGCCAAUUAAUGAUGGUAAAUACGAUGAUGAUGGUCGCCUAAAACGUACAGGAACAUGGGUAACAGGAAGUGCACACAUAGUGACAGCUGUAAUAGGAUCUGGAGUGUUAUCAUUGGCAUGGGCUAUUGCACAAUUAGGAUGGAUUGCUGGCUCAAUUGUUCUCAUUCUUUUCUCUCUCAUCACUCUCCUCACUUCUUUUCUUCUAGCUGAUUGUUAUAGGUAUCCUGAUCCUGUUCAUGGAACCAGAAACCAUACCUAUAUGGGUAUGGUCAAAAAUAUUCUAGGAGGAACUCAGUACAUGUUUUGUGGAUUGGCUCAGUACACAAAUCUUAUAGGUUGUACCAUUGGUUACACUCUCACGGCAUCCAUCAGCAUGGUGGCCAUCAAAAAAUCCAAUUGCUUUCAUAAGUAUGGGCAUGAAGCAAACUGCAAAACAUCAAAUUAUCCAUUUAUGGCAAUAUUUGGGGUUUCAGAGAUUUUACUAAGCCAAAUUCCAGAUUUCCAUGAACUUUCAUGGCUCUCUUUUGUUGCUGCCGUCAUGUCUUUUGGUUAUGCUUCCAUAGGCAUUGGUCUCUCCAUAGCCAAAAUUGCAGAACCAGGACACCAUGUGGAGACAGGGCUAACAGGGCUUGUUGUUGGAGUGGAUGAAACAAGUUCUCAGAAGUAUUGGAAUACCUUUCAAGCAAUUGGAGACAUAGCUUUUGCAUAUGCUUUCAGUACGGUCAUUGUUGAGAUACAGGACACAUUACAAUCAAGGCCACCAGAGAAUCAAGCCAUGAAAAAAUCUGUCUUCACUGGAAUCACAGUGACCACAUUCUUUUAUGCAUUAUGUGGUCUUCUAGGAUAUGAAGCAUUUGGAAACAAGGCACCAGGAAACUUCUUAACAGGAUUUGGCUUUUAUGAACCAUUUUGGCUAGUUGAUAUUGGUAAUAUUUUCAUCGUUAUUCAUCUUGUGGGAGCUUAUCAGGUAUUUGCACAACCAGUAUUUAGUUUAGUGGAAAGUUGGGGUAGUAAACGUUGGCCAGAAAGCAAGUUAAUGACAAAAGAAUAUUAUGUAAAAAUUCCAUUGGUUGGGAUAUGGAGAAUGAAUAUGUUUAGGUUGAUAUGGAGAACAUUGUAUGUGAUAUUCACAACAUUGUUUGCUAUGAUAUUUCCAUUUUUCAACAGCAUUGUGGGUUUGUUAGGAGCAAUGUCGUUCUUUCCUUUGACAGUGUACUUUCCAACGGAGAUGUACCUUGUACAAUCUAAAGUGACAAAAUAUUCUCCUAUGUGGAUUGGAAUGAAAUCGCUUAGUGGGUUUUGUUUGAUUGUCACUCUUGUUGCUGGAGUUGGAUCAAUUGAAGGAAUUAUCUCUGAACUCAAGACCUAUAAGCCCUUUGCGCUCUAAUUUAUUAUUCUCCUAUGUACAUAUUAUUUGCUAUCCGAAUUUAGUUUUCCUUCAAUAAACUCGUUAUGUAAUAAUGCUAUUUGCUAUUCAAAAUCUUGAAUUUAUUGUACCGAUACCACAAAGAGACUCAUAUACCAAUUUUGUAGUUCUCAUGGAAGAUUUCAUCAGGACACAAAGA